AUGGUGCUGGGUCUGAAGCCUGUGCCCGAGUCGGACAAAAGCUGCCUGGCGGACUAUUGCCGUAUUAUAUAUAUACUGCGUAUAUCUGCGCGUAUAUGCGGCGCCGAUGUCACCGAUCCGAACUAUCGCUUGAAUCUGGUUACCUAUAUACUGUUUACAUUUAUAUGCAACUUUUUUAUUUGCACCAUUUAUACGAUGUACAGAGGCGUGUCGAAUGAGGGCGGCUAUACGGUGAUACUGCAAGUGAUUUGCUUUGUUGGUCCCGCCGUGCAGGGCACAGUCAAGUUAAUAUGCUUCAUCAACUAUCCGGAGACGUUGCGCAUAUCGCAGAGUUUUCUGCAUGAAACCUACAAGCAGUACGAGCAGCGUGAGCCGCACUAUGUGCAGGCGCUGCAGCAGAGCAUUGAGGUGACCAGGACAUUUAUACGCGUUAUUAUGUAUACGUAUAUUGCUGUAGUCAUAUGCCUGAUUGGCUUUCCGCUGGUCUACUACUUGAUAUACAAGCAGCGCAUAUUCAUGAUGCAGUUUCUGCUGCCUGGCGUCGAUCCUUACUCCAGUCAUGGCUAUUUGGUGCUUAGCUGCAUUCAAGCCUGCAGCAUUUGCUUUGGCGGCUUUGGCAACUUUGGCAGCGACAUGUAUGUGGUCAUUUUCAUAGGCAAUGUAUCGAUGAUAAAGAAUGUGCUGGGCUGCAAGUUGUUGGAUUUGAAUGCGCAGCUGGAUGCAGGUGCUAGUCGAGCUGAGGUCGUUGCUGCUAUGCGCGAUAUAGUGCGUUGGCAUAUGGAGUAUCUCAACAUGUUGACGCGCAUGCAGCUGAUUUGCUUUUGGAUUAUUGUCGCUAUGGUUGGCUGCAGUGCUGUUAGCAUUUUGGCUACCAUGUAUUGCAUGCUCAUAGGCGUUUGGCCUGCUGCGCCCAUACUGCUGCUCUUCUCCUUUAUGAAUCUCUAUAUGUACUGCGGACUGGGCACUAUGGUGGAUAAAGCUAAUAUCGAAUGCGCCGAUGUCAUCUAUACCCAAUGCCACUGGUACAAGCUGCCGGUGAUGGAGCAGCGCUUUAUACUGCUGAUGCUGCGCAAGGCGCAAAACACUUCGAGUCUCACUGUGGGCAGCAUGUUGCCGCUUACUGUUGGCACUGGGCUGCAGUUGACCAAAGCUGUCUAUAGUCUGGUCAUGCUGCUAAUGCGGGAGUGAGCUGCGUGCGCUUAAUGAAUUUUUCGCUUUUUAUCUAAUGAACUUGCACCCGCAAGAAUUUAAUAAACAACAGCACCCAGGCGCUUGUGCUUUAUGGCUUGACAUAAAACAAAACGUACA